AUGCCCCUCUCCAAGCUGCAGGGCGUUAAGCUCCCCGCUUCGGCGGAUUUCCAUGUCCACCUGCGCGAUGGGGAUAUGAUGAAGCUGGUGACGCCUACUAUUCGUCAGGGAGGUGUGAAUACUGUUUUUGUUAUGCCGAAUCUAGUCCCCCCCGUCACAACCGUCGACCGCGCCCUCGAGUAUAAGAAGAGUCUGGAAGCGAUCGAGCCCAACGUCAACUACCUGAUGAGCCUGUACCUGCACGAGACGGUGACGCCCGAGACGAUCAUCGAGGCCAAGCAGCGCGGCAUCACGGGCGUCAAGAGCUACCCGGCGGGCGUGACGACCAACUCCUCCUCCGGCGUGGUCGACUACACCCAGUUCUACCCGGUGUUCGAGGAGAUGGAGCGCCAGGAUAUGGUGCUCAACCUGCACGGCGAGGUGCCCUCCAAGGGGGACGUGACGGUCCUCACCGCCGAGGAGCGGUUCCUCCCAACCCUGCUGCAGCUGCAUGAGCGCUUUCCCAAGCUGCGCAUCAUCCUGGAGCACUGCACCACCGCCGCCGCGGUGGAGGCCGUGAAGAAGUGUGGGCCGACGGUGGCGGGAACAAUUACGGCCCACCACUUGUCUAUCAUCAUCGACUCCUGGGCUGGAGAUCCGUUCUGCUUCUGCAAGCCCGUCGCCAAGACCCCCGCGGACCGGGACGCGCUGCUGAGAGCGGCUGCAUCCGGCAACCCCAAGUUCUUCUUCGGCUCCGAUAGCGCCCCUCACCCUGCCGUGUCGAAGAGAGGCGGCGACAAGAUUGCGGCCGGUGUCUUCACCCAGCCCUUCACCACCCAGCUUGUGAUCGACGCGUUCGAGCAGGCCUGCCAGAACGGCGUCCUCAAGGAGGAGGACAUCACGCCCGAGAUCCUCGAGGGCUUCAUGAGCAAGUAUGGCCGCCAGUUCUAUGGUAUCGGCGAGGAGCAGAAGGAGUUCAUUGUCAUCGAGAAGAAGGAUGAGAAGAUUCCGAACAUCCUGCAGUCGGACAAGGUGGAUGUUGUGCCUUUCCGGAGGGAUCAGCAGACGUGGAGCGUCACCUGGUCGUCAUAG